GAACGUCUCUUCCGCACCACCAUUCGCGAUCCCGUCAGCAACGCGUGCGUGCGACCGAUCGAGUGAGUGUGUCUGCGUGUGCGGACCAGUGUGUGUUCCUCGCGCCUAACCUACUUCGCCAAAUUGCAAAGCGAUCGCGAAACAAUACGUUUUCCCGGUUUUCCGAUAUCCACGAUCGUACGCGUUCGUCCAGGCUGUCCGUUGUCUUCCGUCGCGUCGCGUUGCUGCCCCACGAUCGUUUCAUACCUUUAUUCCCCUCUCCCCCGCCGUUCUCUAUUUAUCGUUAACACACGCACACAGAUCGCACUCUCUUUUCUCUCUCUCACUCUCUUUCUCUCUUUUUUUCUGUCAUUCGGCCGAUACUCGUGUGCAUUUUUCAUAUUCUCGUCCCGAAACUUAACGACAAUGACCACGAACGGUGAGGAAACCACGUCCGAUCGGAACGUAGAAAUAUGGAAGAUCAAGAAGCUUAUCAAGAGCUUGGAGAUGGCUAGAGGGAAUGGAACAAGUAUGAUCUCAUUAAUCAUACCACCUAAAGAUCAGAUUUCUAGAGUAAGUAAAAUGUUGGCUGAUGAAUAUGGUACUGCAUCAAACAUCAAGUCACGUGUAAACAGAUUGUCAGUGUUGGGUGCUAUUACAUCAGUACAACAAAGAUUAAAAUUGUACACAAAAGUUCCCCCUAAUGGAUUAGUAGUAUAUUGUGGAACCAUUGUGACUGAGGAAGGUAAAGAAAAGAAAGUCAAUAUUGACUUUGAGCCAUUCAAACCUAUUAAUACUUCUUUAUACCUUUGUGAUAAUAAGUUCCAUACUGAAGCAUUGACAGCACUUUUAGCAGAUGACAAUAAAUUUGGUUUCAUUGUGAUGGAUGGUAAUGGAGCACUAUUUGGUACAUUACAAGGAAACACCAGAGAGGUUCUGCAUAAAUUUACUGUUGAUUUACCUAAGAAGCACGGUAGAGGAGGUCAAUCUGCUUUACGUUUUGCUCGUUUACGUAUGGAAAAACGUCACAAUUAUGUUCGUAAAGUAGCAGAAGUAGCCACUCAACUUUUUAUUACAAAUGACAAACCUAAUAUAGCUGGAUUAAUAUUGGCUGGUAGUGCAGACUUCAAAACAGAACUUAGUCAAUCUGAUAUGUUUGAUCCUCGGUUGCAAGCUAAAAUUAUUAAAUUAGUUGAUGUAUCAUAUGGUGGUGAAAAUGGUUUUAAUCAAGCUAUUGAAUUAGCUGCUGAAUCAUUACAAAAUGUUAAAUUUAUUCAAGAAAAAAAAUUAAUUGGUCGCUAUUUUGAUGAGAUUAGUCAAGAUACUGGAAAAUACUGUUUUGGUGUUGAGGAUACUUUAAAAGCUCUUGAACUUGGGUCUGUCGAAACAUUAAUAUGUUGGGAAAACUUAGAUAUUCAGAGAUAUGUCUUAAAAAAUCAUACCACAUCCGAAGAAAAAAUAUUACAUUUGACACCAGAACAAGAAAAAGACAAAACACAUUUCACAGAAAGAGAUACUGGAGUAGAAUUGGAGUUAGUUGAAUGUCAACCACUUUUGGAAUGGUUAGCAAAUAAUUACAAAAUGUUUGGAGCUACCUUAGAAAUAAUUACAGAUAAAUCUCAAGAAGGAUCACAAUUUGUAAGAGGAUUUGGUGGCAUAGGAGGACUAUUACGUUACAAAGUUGAUUUCCAAAGUAUGCAGUGUGAUGAUUUGGAUCCAAAUGAACUUUAUGAUAUUGACGAUUAUUAGAUGGAUAAUAAUUAGGAUACCAAUUGAAUCCUUCGGGCUACUUCAAAAAAGUACAGUGCAUCUUAGCAUAAGCAUGUUGAAAAAAAAAUGAAGAAUUCUAUUAUCAUUUUAAACAUUAAUAAUUUCCUAUACUUGUUAUCUUUUUGUUCAAAAGUAAAAAAUAUUCAUAAUUCCAUUAAUUGUAAAAAUAUAUAUAUAUAUAUUUUUUACCACUUCAUUUUUGUGUUAGCCCUUAUUUUUUUUUGAGUACUCCAUUAAUAAAAUGCAAUGAAUAAUACA